AUGGGACUCCAGCAGGCAGCAGCGGCUCAGACAGACAGUGGAUCCACUGUGUGAAUGGACGAGGGACACAGGGGCAGGACAAGGCCACCGUUAUCUAACCAAAUCCAGAAAAAGACAACAUCCAGUCCUGCUGAAGGAUUAGCUCCUUGUCUGUGCUACCUUUCCAGGGUGUCCCCUGCCUGUUGGAGCUACCCAUGACCUUCCUGAGGAAUAAGUGGUAUAGAAGAUGAGAACAUGGGCCUGCCCUCGGUGAUGGUGCUGCCUCUGCUGACGGUUGUCGCAGCUGGAGUCUACUACAUCUACAAUGAGGUCAUUCAGUUCAUGUCCAAGUCCUUGGUGCGCAACAAAGUGGUGGUGAUCACUGAUGCCGUGUCCAGGGUGGGAACUGAGUGUUCCCAACUGUUCCACAAAGCCGGAGCUAGACUGAUCCUGUGUGGGACUAGUUGGGACAAGCUGGAGUCACUGUUCGACCUCCUUACUAAUGAGGCUGACCCGAGCGAGACAUUUGCCCCAAAAAUGGUGAUCCUGGAUUUCAGUGACAUGGACAGCAUGGAGGAUGUGGUGACUGAGGUGAUGGAGUGUUAUGGCUACGUAGACAUUCUGAUCUGUAACAGCAGCAUGAAGCUGAAAGCUCCUGUUCAGAGUGUCUCUUUGGAAAUGGACAGAAGCAUCAUGGACAUCAACUACUUUGGCCCAAGCACUCUCACCAAAGGUAUCCUUCCAGCAAUGAUCUCCAGACGAUCAGGCCACAUUGUGCUGCUCAAUAGCAUCCAGGGAAGACUGGCUGUUCCUUUCAGAAGUUCGUAUGCAGCCUCUAAACAUGCGGUGCAGGCCUUCUUCGACUGCCUAAGGGCUGAGGUGGAGGAGUAUGGGAUCAUCGUCAGUACCAUCAGUCAUACUUUCAUCAACAACUCGGACCCACCACCUGUCGUGGAAGUCACUCAAAAACCAAAUGCUGUGGUUGAAUAUAUUCAGAGUCAUCUCACCCAUGGUGUGAAGCCGUCAGCCCUGGCCAAUGAGAUUGUGCAAACGGUGAACAGGAAAAGAAAGGAGGUUCUGCUGGCCCACCCCAUCCCCAGGGUGGCACUUUACAUCCGCUCCCUCUUUCCACCUUUCCUCUUCGCUGUGCUGGCAGCAGGAGCGAAGGACUCUGUGUUGGCUGAGCAGAUCCAAUGAGAGUAAGAAGGAUGGGAGAACAGAAGACAGCUUAAGUGUUUUCUACUGAAGGCUGUAGAAUGUUUAGUCUUAAUGAUCCUUAUCCUGACUUGAUUUAUUUUUACAGAAAUGUAAAAAACAUCAGUCCUGUAAAAUGGAGUUGUACUGUUAAUGCAGCGGGACAGGAAACUAUCAAAAGAGAUAUUAUGACAAAUGUGCACAAUAGUGAAUAAAGACAGAUUUGAAGAAAUGAA